AUGUACUCCACUCCUAUCCCCACCUUCGCUAACAAGCCUGGGACAGUUCCCAGGAAAAAGGACGGUGUGACCACAGGCCCCCGUGUGAAGCAAGCUCUCCCCCCUAUUAACCAAGUCCACGACCCCGAAAAGAAGACUCAAACCUUUUCACGUUCAGCAAUUAGUGCGCUCAGCGCUGCCUCCCAGGAGGUCUUCAGUGAAUCGAGUCAGCACAGUCAGGUUUAUGCGGCCGAGAUGCGGAACAUUAAAGAGCGCCUUGCUAACCGAGCUCAAGCAGAUGACGACUCCAUUCAGCUGGCCAUUCGUGCAGCAGACAACGAUACUAGAAAGGCACUGGAGGCAGCAGGCUUCUUUCGAGAUGAAGCAGCCAGCGCACGCCAGCAGAGUGAGAUGCUUAUGCAGCGCGUGUUGACGCUUGAGAAGGACAACGAUGCAUUAUCUAAACGUCUUGAUAAGAGUAGCAGCAUGCUGAAUUCAGUCGCACUCGAAUUGUUCUCUGAUAUUUCUACUCAGACCAUCGAUAAAGACAUGCUUCUUACUCAAUAUUCACGCAUAAAGUCGCUUGUAGCAGAUUGCAAUCACAUAUCUUCGGAAAUAGGUUUCCCAUCAACGUCGGUUCCAGAAAUCGUGGAGCUUCUUGAUUCUCAAAUGCUUCAGGGCAUGAGUGGGAACACACUUGUUCUUGAAGGAGUGCCGCGAUCUAUUCAGUCCAUUGCCCUGUCAUUGACUCUUGCUGAAUGCCAAAUCCUACGCUCUCUCAAUUUCCUUCUCAAGCACCUGAUCUCAGAGAAUCAAAAGGUGGCCGCUCAAGACAGUUCGAACGCACAAAUGAGCACUGAGACGGCAGGAGCCAAACUGAUUAAAAGUAUCUCGAAGGAGAUGCCUAUAGGAGCGAGCCACCAAAGUGACCCAGCACUCGAUGACAUCAUUCGGCAAGCGACACUAUCUUCUCCACUAAUGAGCUCAGAGCAGCUUCAGCAUCCCAACGAUGUCUUCCGCAUAGAGUUCCAGGGAUCCGGCGUUGCCGUCGCAAAGGCCCUUGUUGAGCUCCGACGAAGAACUGCGUCGUUUUUACUCCGAGAGGCCAGGUUUGAUCACGAUCCACUUCUCAAGCGUGCUGCUACUGAUAAUACAACCUUGCGCACGUUGGUUGCAGCUUUGCAGAACGAACUGUACUUUACCCGUCAAGCGCUUGAAAUGGUCAAGGGAUUGGGGCUCAGUUCUGAUAUCUUUCCCAUUGAGAGCCAAGCUAGCACUGAUAACUUAGCCCUUAACGACGGUGGUCAGGAUACUCAGUCCGGCUUGAGUAGUACUGGACGCAGCGACACUAGCGCUUCCACUCCGGUCCCUGGGACUCACCUCUCACUGCCAAACUUCUCUUCUACUGAUAUUAUUAAGUUGGCGGAGAACGCUUUAACCAGCGCUGUGGACCUUGAGCUCUUGCCAUCGGAGCUGACCAAGAAGUUAGAGGAUAUAGUGGAAAACGCACUAGCCACGUCUGAUGAUGUAGAUAAGGCCAAGGAGACUCAGCAAUACAGUUCUGAGGAAAGGGUUUCGGUAACAGAGAUUCAGAGACUUAUUAUGCUUCGUGAAAAGGCACUACAGCAUAUAGACACUGCAGCCCAAGAGUUUAUCGACCAACUGGCCACUUCUGAUGUAAUGUCCGCCAUUGCAACUAUAGAAGAGGGCUCAUCUGAAAUGCAGGGUAUUUUUGGUGUAGCUACAUAUGAUGAGCCUUCUUCCCUUCUAUCCUUUGCUAAAGAUGCAAACGAAAGUCAAGCCAAAUUGUUAGCACGCUUUUCAAAGGAGCAGGACAAUUUCAUUGGCGACAUCAGACAAAUAAGUAUUAAUAUUGGCGAAGGCCAUACUGAGAAAUACAAUAGAGAUGGAUCGGGCUUUCUAGAUGUCCUCUAUAGACACGCCACUCUCUUGGAGCACACUUUAGAAUUGCAUAAAAUAGUCGUUGCACGUAACAUGGCGUUAGUCAGGCUUCAGGCCAUCAUCCUUUGUCUUCAGAAGAAUAAUGAGAAGAACAUUCGAGAAGUAGCCUAUCUGGCCGCUGUUCGCAACGGUAUUUUAAAGGGCUAUGUAGAACAAUCUCGAAAAAUGGCUGUUCUGCGCCAGGAAAAUGAUUAUUUCAGGCUCCAAAUUGCCCGAUCGUCCUCUCGGGAUAUCAAUUCACAGGAAAAGAGAAAACAUGACGCCCUCUCAGCGGCCAUAACUGAUGCAGCCAUAACUGGCGAUCCUCAGUACUGUUCUUCCCUGGCCAGCUGUGUCGAGUCCUUAACGCAGAGCUAUCGAACAAAGAUUGCAGAAUGCAAAGCAGAAAUGUGUGCAUUUGGAAAUACACUUACUGCUACCUCAGACAAGAUCAUGCAAAUCCUGGAAGAGUAUCGCUUGCUGAUAGAAACAAGGGCCUGCAAACUAGUCCAAACGGACAGGAAGAGACGUACCUUCGACACAGCAGUCGCCACCGAGGAUCCAGAGGCAGCCCCUGCUGCAGUGCCGAAGAAGAAGUGA